CUUUUGCAGAUCGAUGCAUCCACAGCCGCCGAAAACAAUCUCGAGUGGGGGAGAAGGCGAACAGCAAGCACCACCACCGCUACUACCCUGUCUGUCUGUCGUGCCUGCCCUGCCUUGCGUCUUGUGUCUGCGUCGUUGUGUUGGCGACCUCUGUUGGUCCCUUCCCCCCCUCUCCUUGCCACCACCCACCGGCCGCCCCGGCGACGCCUCUCCCGUCCCCUUUAUUGAUUUAUCGAUUUAUUUAUGAGCCAUGACACGCUCGGCCGCCGCGUCUGCGUCUGCGUCCUCGUCCCCGUCCUGGCCUCACUCUCGCUUCGCCCCGACGCUUUGUGCUUCUUCUCGAGGGCGCCGUCACUCCCUCAACUGGCCAUCGCAACACAGCAGAUAGCUCGGGGACACCGCGCUGCUGCUACUUUGCCCCCGUCGACGACGAUGGCUGCGUCACCGCGAGCUCUUCUUUGCGCCGCCGCCGCCGCCGUGGGCUUGGCUCUGUCGCAGGGCGCCCACGCGCAAAGCGACGGUGGCAAUGUCAUCAACAACGACACUCAUUUCUACAGCCAGUCGCCGCCCGUAUACCCAUCCCGUGAGCCCGUCAUCCCCCCGCCGGGUAGACGUCGCUGCCGUUGUUGCGGACGCUGACGAGUGUCCCUCUCCGCCUUGCGCAGCUGAGAUUGUCGGGGCUGAGUGGUCCGACGCAUACGCAAAGGCCAAAGCGCUGGUCGCGCAAAUGACUCUCGAGGAGAAGGUACCUUGGCUUCCUGUAGACCUCCGUCUUACGCCGUCGCCUCUGGAUUGACACACUCCUGCGCCUAGGUCAACCUGACCGGAGGCGUAGACCUCGGCACCGGCUGCUCCGGCACCAUCAGUCCCAUCAAGCGCCUCAACUUCACGGGCAUGUGCCUCAGCGAUGCUGGUAAUGGUCUGCGCAACACCGACCUGGUCAACUCGUACCCCAGCGGCAUCCACGUCGGCGCAAGCUGGAACAAGGAGCUCGCAUUCCUGCGCGGCUCGUCCAUGGGCGGCGAGUUCAAGAGAAAGGGAGUCAACGUCCUUCUUGGCCCCGUCGUCGGGCCCGCGUGGCGUGUUGUGCGUGGCGGCAGGAAUUGGGAGGGCUUUUCGGUCGACCCCUAUCUCUCUGGCUCGCUAGUAUAUAAGAGUGUCCUGGGCAUCCAGGAGCAGGGCGUCCAGACCAGCGUCAAGCAUUAUAUCGCCAACGAACAGGAAACCUACCGCACACCAUCAUCUGGCGGUGCCAAGGAGGCCGUAUCCUCCAACGUCGAUGACAAGACUAUGCACGAAGUCUAUCUUUGGCCGUUCCAAGACGCCGUCAAAGCUGGCACAGGCAAUAUCAUGUGCUCAUACCAGCGUAUAAACAACUCGUACGGGUGUGCCAACAGCAAGACCCUGAACGGUCUACUCAAGACCGAGCUUGGCUUUCAGGGCUUCGUCGUUUCCGACUGGGAUGCCCAGCAUGCUGGCGUUGCCGCCGCCCUGGCCGGUAUGGACAUGGCAAUGCCCAGUGGAAGUGAAUUCUGGGGAAAGCAUUUGGUGGAAGCAGUGAAGAAUGGUUCUGUGCCCGAGUCCCGCGUCACCGACAUGGCAACCAGGAUCGUGACCACGUGGUACCAGUUCCAACAGGACACACUCUUCCCAGAACCUGGCGUCGGCAUGCCCAAGGAUGUGACCGCGCCGCACAAGUUUGUCGAGGGGCGUGAUCUUAGCGCUCGCCCCGUGCUGUUUCAAGGCGCUGUCGAGGGUCAUGUUCUCGUCAAGAAUACUAAAGACACGUUGCCUCUAAAGUCUCCUCGCAUGCUAUCCUUGUUUGGAUACUCAGCCAAGUCUCCCGAUCUGUUUGCGCCUGUCGCAGGAGCAAUCAACUCCCAGACAUGGGUGGUCGGCGCCGAGUCCAUUGACAUCAACGAAUUCAUCUCCAAUGUCAUCAGCUUUUCGCCUAAUGCGACCCAUUCAAGCAUUGGUCGUAACGGCACCCUCAUUCAUGGCUGCGGUUCCGGCGCAACGACCCCAGCAGUCUUCACUGCGCCGUUCGAAUCGCUCAAGGUCAGGGCAGCACGAGACGACACGCCUUUGUUCCACGAUUUUGUCUCCGCCGAGCCGGUUGUCGACCCCUUGACUGAUACGUGCAUCGUUUUCGGCAAUGCAUUUGCUUGCGAGGGCUUUGACCGCCCGGGUCUGUAUGACAACUACACCGACACCCUCAUCAGAACAGUUGCGGGUCAAUGCAGCAAGACAAUCGUGGUCUUUCACAAUGCCGGAAUUCGACUUGUGGAUAAUUUUGUUGACCACCCCAACGUUACGGCCAUCAUAUUUGCUCAUCUGCCUGGGCGCGACAGUGGCGACGCGCUGGUUUCUCUUCUGUAUGGCGACUUGAGCCCGUCCGGUAAGCUGCCGUAUACGGUGGCCAGAAACCAGUCCGGCUAUGGCCACAAUCUUAAUCCAGACUGGUCUGAAGGCGCGCUUGAGAACUUUCCUCAGUCCGACUUCACUGAAGGAGUGUUCCUUGACUACAAGCACUUUGACAAGGAAGGCAUUGAGCCGCGUUACGAGUUUGGGUUUGGCUUAAGUUAUACGACGUUCAACAUAUCCAACAUCAAGGUCAACGCCCUUCAGGGAGUCAACACGGCAGAGUAUCCCACUGGCGCCAUUGUUGCUGGUGGGCAGUCAGACCUCUGGGAUGUGCUCGUCAUCGUCAAUGUCGACGUACAAAACACGGGAAAGGUUGCCGGUGCGGAGGUUGCGCAGCUUUACGUCGCUAUUCCCAACGGGCCUACGAAGCAGCUUCGCGGCUUCGAAAAGAGGCUGCUGCAGCCAGGCGAGGUGUCGACUGUCGAGUUUAAGCUGACGAGACGCGACUUGAGCGUUUGGAACACGGCCGCGCAGAAGUGGCAACUGCAACGAGGCGACUAUUCGGUGCUUGUGGGGAGCAGCAGCAAGAACUUGCCUGUCCGUGGUAAUAUUAACUUUUAGGGAACUCGCCACCAGUUCGACGAUCCCUGCACAUAGUUUUUCAUCGUACCUAAUGAUAAUGGAACAAUACACCAAGUGUGUCGAAUCGUUCAGGCUUGUUGGACUGAACAUGCCUACUACACCAAGCCGC